AUGACUCUAAUUGGCAGGGCGAGUCAUGUGCAACGUUUCAGCAGUGCUGAUCGUGAAACGCGCGAUUUUUCAGCUCCAGCAAUCGGACAGAUCAAAAUUUCGAGACAGUCCGUCGAUAACGAUCGUCCAAACGUACACUACCUUGAAAAUUUACCCAAGGCCAGGCAUUCUUCAACCGAAACUUUACGUUCAAGUAGACCAUUUCGAAGUUUAAGCGUUGAUAGGCACGUUGUUCAUCAGCCGUACGAUAAUUUUUCGAUAAAUGUUGGCCACAGCCACUUUCCAAGACGCACCGCAGAAAAUUUAAAUUACGAUAACGUUACCUUUGACAUGAAUCGUCAACAUUUUUCCAGGUUAUCGUCUGAAAAUUUAGUUCAUCCUAAAGUUAAUGUAAAAUACAAAUAUAUCCCCAAGCCAUCGGAUGAUGAUUUAGAUGAUGGUUACGUUGCAACUAGAUUGAAAAACGUCUCAAGACCUGUAGUGGAUAUGAAUAACGUUAAGUUUGCUCCAUCGAGUAACAUGAAGUAUAUUCCACUGAACAAUGAAUACGCACCAGAAUAUUUAGGAGAAAUACCAGAAGGUUUAUAUUCAAAUGAUAAAUUCCACACUUAUAAAACCAAUUUAAAAUUGUUUGAUGGGCAUGUUUCGCCAAGACAUUCACCAACGAAGCAGAGUUAUUAUCGUCAAUCGCCAUCACCUUUGAAAUAUGAUGUUGAAUCUCGUUCCAAAAUUCCAAGAUCAACUUAUCCACAGCACGUGCCAAGAUUCACUCAUUAUCGUUCAUCUAAAAAUAUUUUUGACGAAGAUUCUAUUAGUGACGAUACAAAUAUGUUUUUCGAACCUUACAAACCAAAGACUUUGACCAAAAGUUAUGUUGCAUAUGACAGUGUGAUACCAAUUACGCCAAAACCGGAAAUGUACUCGCCCUUCUAUUCUGAAGUACUUCCUUCAAGAAGUUACAGCCAUCCACAUGUAACAAACUUUUCGUCAAAAAUUCUCACAAAUGCUAAUAGACCAAAAUUUGAAUACAAACCAUCAACAAUAAAAGAGAUUGUUCCUAAAUCAACAGUCUUAUUAGCAGCUGUUCCACAUGAAUCCAAUGAUAUGGACAUUGAAGACAAAAUUAAAGAAAUUAAGCGUAAAGCUUUAGGCUCGAAAUUUUCUAAAGGUUUACCUACUGGUGAUUAUUCCAAUGUUCAUGAUUUUGGAGAUCUCAAUGGACCCCAUUUACCCUAUUUUCAUAAGAAAAGUGAAUAUAAAUUACUACCAGAAAAGUAUGACCUGCCAAGAGAGACUCUUACAACCCUUCCAGAUUAUGAGAACAUUGAUUACGUUGAACCAUUUGCUCGUUUACCUUUGUCAGAUUACGAACAGAAGCACAUAACAAAAGAAGCGCAUAACAAGGAUUUGCUGAUGGAGGCACAAAAAAUAUUUGGUCCAAGACAUGAACAACAGGAUUCGGUUGGCAAAAUUUCUGAUAUUUAUCCACCUCCGCCUAAAACAUCGUUUAAAAAACCUCCGACACGUGAAGCAAGUCUGGAGUUUACAUCUCCAUUAAAACCGAAAAAAGUGAAAAUAAAUGAAAAUGUCAGAUUGAGUUGUGCCGUUUCCGCCGUUCCUGAGCCCAAUGUUUCAUGGUUUUGCAAUGACAAGCAGAUAAAAAUUAGUCCAAGAAUUCAAACAUCGGUUAAAUGUUUUUAA